AGGUCUUCUAACAUGGCAUCGUCCUGUGCAUAGUCUGUUUCGCGCUGAGUGGCAGUCACGUCAGUAGAUAGCAUGGCGUCUCCGACGUUUGGAACACCUUCACCUGAAUAGACCUCGCUCUUUUUCGGUACACUCGAAGUGCCGCGAAAUAUUGGAUAUGCACCCCUCAUCUUCAUCGUCAAUGCGGUCGCAUCCACCAACGUAUACAAUGAGGCUGCCGCCACGCUAGCCGAGAGCAACAAGCUCAGAAUGACGACGACCUUUGCUCGCACAGCUCGACGCUGCUUCAAAUUCAGGAUCAUAGACUCCGACAGCUUCGGGCUGAAGAACGAUUUCUUGGCUGGAGACUCGUGACACACGCCAUUGGUCUCCUCAACUAAUUCAUCGCCCAUGUCGCGAUACGCACUGGAGCUGUUUCCUUGGUCCAUGGUGUUGUGUGGUGAAUACCGGUAGCACACUGAUCGACGUUGUUCCUCUAAGUCCACCGUACUUGGAGAGGGAUCAGGCUGAGCGAUCGUAUCUCCAGUUUACUAUCUUGAACGAAUUCCAAGCAGUUGGAUUACGAUUUACUAAACCGUCAUCUGCGAUGCCAUCCCAAACGAGUUCCGACAGAUAAUAUCGGAACUCGUACAAAUUCUGUAUUACGCUAUACCAAACCGUGAUCCGAUGACCCGACACCUUAGAGUAAACUGGUUUGCGUGAAUUCUGUAUGUAUUGCUACGCUCGACAAGGAGGGAGCUUCCUACUGCCUCGAUCGAGGUAUUCUCGGUCAGCUUGCUCACUUCGAUUUUUUCCUUCCAGCUCUCAACACCAGUAACACCCACACAAUGAUGCGCGUGCACUACCUCGUGAUGGUAAUGAUGGUUGCGGUCCUUACCAACAGUCCUGCCUCCGCGUCAUCCUCGGGUUCAGCAAGUUUCGGGAGCUCAAUGAGCGGGGACGAUAUCCCAACGACGAUUACAGCGGGCUCAAUGAGCGAGUACGAGCCGAUUUCUUUUAAUCGUGAUCUCGCGGUGGAGCAGAAUGAAAAUAACGACAAAGCAUCAUUAAGGAUCCAUAGCGACGUUGAUGAGAGCAGCGGUGAGGACGAAGAGCGAUAUUCCAAUAAACUCAGUUGGAAUCAGUUUGCGAAAAUGCUGAGGUUAGUUUUUUAACUGAAGCAAUUGCCAAGGUCGCGCACAUUUUUGUCAGGCUGGGAGAAAAGUGUACAAGAAGUAUGGCUGGAACAAUCUCGUCUUCACCAUUACAGUGCUGUGAUUUCUACGCUGGUAUGGGAAUCGAAGAGUCCGUCCGCAACCAAUAUCAAAGCCAAGGUUGGAUUGAGUUGUAGGCAAAAUCGAAACAGACACAAAAUAAACACUUUGAAAAAAAGAGCACAAUUGGUAC